CAAGGAGCGGCUGCCUAUCUGACCUCCUUAACCCAGUUACCUAGGCAACACGAUGCCCCUUUUUUAGACUGUGGUCAGCCUUUCAAGCUUCUGACUACUUGUCAGUUGUCGGAACUCAGAAAAAGUAUACCUGCUGGAUGCGGAAGUCGGAGCACCGGGUGUUGUAGACAGUUGUAGUGCACACUUCACGGAAGUCUUUGGCGACAAUGGGCAGGGCCGGAUCUAGGGGCCCAGGGGCCCCGAGGCAACAAGGGACUGGGGGCCCCUUUGGUUCAAGUUAGUGCUGUAGUGCUGUAGUUCAAGUGGUAGGCCCCUGGGGCCCCCUGGUCAUAGUGGGCCCCUAGGUACUGGCCUAAAGUGCCUUAUGGAUAAUACGGCACUGACAAUGGGCCGAGUUGAUUGAUCAAGAGAAUAAGCUAAAUAAGUUUAUAAAACCCAGUUAUAGUUUAUAGUCAAAAGGUAGGUUUAAAAUCUUGAUGUUUAUCAGAAAUAUCGAGACCAACAAAACAAACAUACGUAUAAAUGCGUUCUCUUAGUUUCAGAGAUUUUAAGCCAUGAAAUAUGUUUUUUUUUUAAACGACUCCCACUGUUUUUUUUACAAUUGAUUUUGAGUACUGUACUAUUAAAAGCGUGGUAAAAUGUUUGAGAAUUUUAUUGAAAUAUUUUCUAAUACAUCUUUUCACAAUUUCUGAACUCACAAAAACUGUCACCGACAACUGUCAAUGUCAAAAUUGCGAAAUAAAAAUAAACAGCCCGCCAAAUACUCAAUACUUUAUUUAAGAGCUUCUAUUAUAAAAAGAAAAAAUAAUAAAUUUACACAAAUAUGGCAGACGAUGAGCAUUACGACGACGUAGACAUAUCAGACAUAAUCGACGAUACAGACCACUACCUUGAGGCGGACCACCAGUUAACAGAAAUUACGGAAACUGACUCAGAUAUUUUGAACACUAUCACUGAUUCUGAGGUGUUGAAUUCUGAAGAGCCGGCCGUUGACGAGAAGAAGCCGCAGCCGCAGAGUAAGAGCGAGGUGGUGCGCUCCACGCGGCUGCCAAUAGCAAGGAUCAAGAAUAUCAUGAAGAUGGAUCCUGACGUGAGCGUCGUGUCUGGAGAUGCCGUUUUCUUGGUUACCAAAGCAACGGAAUUAUUCUUAGAAACAAUAGCAAAGGAAACCUACGCCUACACAUCAAGUAAUAAAAGAAAAAUAAUAGCUAAGAAAGACUUGGAUCUGAUCAUCAACAAAGUUGACUGUUUGUGCUUCUUAGAAGGGGCUAUGGAUUUUUAAUAUGUUAUUUUAAUGUAAAUAGUAAAGUAAGCAUGUGGAUAUAAAUUUUGUUAAAUCACUUCUUAAUUAAAU